GAUGAUUUCGUCAGUUGCCGUAGCAAUGCGCAGGCUCCGUGGAAAAGGAGAGGACAACUUGUGCUUAAUGAUCAGAAAACAACACUCGCAGCCUCGGCUGGCUUAGACAAGACACCGUGGACUGGAUCAGGGAUUUGCUCUGAGCAGCUUGGAAUAGGAGGGGCUCUGUCUACCCAGAGACACAAGGAGAGAUUUUUCUGCAGAUUGCUACUACACCGACCCUCGCGUAACUGCGUGAUCGAGAGGGCAUCAGAAUGGAGGCCCCUCUGGUGUGCCUGGAUGAGGAGUUUGAGGAUCUAAGGCCCUGCAAGAUGGAGGAAUAUGAAUCACAGCCCCCCUGCCGGCCUCACAAAACCAUUCCUCUGGCCCCGUUGUGCCGCGAGGACUUCUCAGAGCUGGAGAAUUUCUCUGAGAUGAUGAGCUUCAAAUCCAUGGAGGACCUCGUCAAUGAGUUUGACGAGAAGCUGAAUGUGUGCUUCCACAACUACAACACCAAGACAGAAGGUCUGGCACCCGUACGCAACCAAUCACAUGCCGAGGAAGAUGAAGAGCGGCUUCAAGAUGAAGACGUGUGGGAUGCUCUGACUGACAACUACAUCCCCUCUUCUGUAUCCAGCUGGGAUGACCCCACUUCAAAAACACUGAAUGGCAACCUCUCAGAUCAUGAGAUACAUGAAAAAGAAGAGGAUGAGAUGAAUGAGAAAAAUGCAAAUUGUCUGAGUCAAGAGCCCCUUAUUACAGCUGAUCAGGUGAUUGAAGAGAUUGUUGAGAUGAUGGAAAACUCGCCUGAUCCUGGAGAGACAGAGGAAGAGGAGGAGGAUGAUACUGGGGUCUCCUCUUCUAAAAGUAGCCCUUCCCUGCUGGAGGAGAUCCGCAUGCUGUCUCAGGCCUCCAACAGCAACUGCUCUUAUGAAGGUCUGAGGCUGAUGCCAAGUUCAGCACUGCUUGACAUCUUGUGUCGGAUGGAGUCGGCUAUACGCAAGUAUUCUGAAGAAUUAGUGGCUCAGCUGGCCCGGCGGGACGAGCUGGAGUUUGAGAAGGAGGUGAAGAACACCUUCAUUACAGCUCUAAUGGAGGUCCAGAACAGGCAGAAGGAACAAAGAGAUCUAAGCAAGCGCAGACGUAAGGACAAGGCCAUGAGUCUGCAUGGCUCCACUCACUCCGAGAAAACUGGAGGCAUGCCUGUGAAGCGCUUCAGCAUGGAGGGUCUGUCCAACAUCCUGCAGACAGGGAUCAGACAGACCUUUGGGACCUCAGGGACAGAGAGACAGUACCUAAACACAGUUAUCCCAUAUGAGAAAAAAGGGACUCCUCCAUCUGUGGAUGACUUGCAAAUGCUCACAAAAAUUCUUUAUGCCAUGAAGGAAGACAGUGAGAAGGUCCCAACUCUGCUGACUGACUAUAUAUUAAAAGUUCUGUGUCCUACUUAAAGUCCAGGGCGUGAUCUGAUGUUGGUAAGACUUUGGAGAGGGCAGGCCUAUUCGUUCCACCUCUCUCUCUCACAGUCUUCAGGUCUCUAGCCCAGCUGCAUGAGCUCCCUUAUCCAUAAUCAGUGAGGGACCCUGAACAUCUAACCAACCUUCUCUUGCUUAUCUGAUGACCUUUGACCCCUUCUCAUUUCACUGGCCUUCCAGAAUUCAAGUAUCCACAAGGUUCAUACCACAGCGCCUGGUGCUUUUCAUGUUUUCUACUAUUUAGGUCACAAUGGGCCAAAAGCCAUAUGGAACGUGCAAGGGUAAACUAUAAUCAGUUUAACUAUGAUCAGGUACUAUUUUUAUUUUAUUUUUUUAAUGAUAAUCUUAACAUAAGGCAUUUUACAUAAUGCUCGAUCAUUCACAUCCUUUCAGUGCACAGGUGGUGAGAAGGGCAUUGUUCACCAUCUUCUCAAGGCGCAGAUGCAUUGAUUUGAGAGCACAUUUGAAAAAAAUCCAUCCAAAAUUUCUGCUUUUUGCUGUUUUAGUAUUGUGGCUUCAUUUUCAGCCAAGGUUGUUGAAAAUACAGCAUGUUUUAGUGUUCUACAUUAAUGCCAAGUUAUAGGGAUAAACUUUUUCUUUUCUCUGUAACACUUUACAAUAAGGUUCUUUUCAUUAACCUUAUUUAAUGCAUUUAGCUGACAGUUUUUUUUUUUUUUUUUACAGCAUUUAUUAAUGUUAAUUUACAAAUAUAAUAUUGUUCAUUGUUGCAUUAAUGUUAACGCAUAGAACUUUUAAUGCAUAUAAAGUAUUACAAUAUGUAGAAAUAAGCAUUUACCAAGAUUAAUAUAUGCUUUAAAAGUAUUGUUCAUUUUUAGUUCAUGUUAACUGUUGUGUUAACUAAUACUAAAGAUAUAACCUUAUUGUAAAGUGUUACCCUAUUCUCAUUUUGGGUAACCAGAAAAUGUUAUUAUGUAAUUUCUUUGACAAUGUAUCAUUUGUUUGAUUAAACCAUUUUUAAUUUACACUAACUGUCAUUCAAGCCUUGUGCUUACAUCUUUAUUGUAUACAUUUCUUAUUUACUAAGGGACACGGAGGAAUGUGAAGUAUGGCUGAGUUAUAGUUCCAAUAAAUGUCAAACAACCCUGUGAAA